AUGGCCGCGGCGCGGAAGCUUGCAGCUGAAAAGGCUCAGCACCAGGGAUUCCCAUCUUUGCCCCCCUCGCGGCGCCUGGAUGGCACGCUGUGCUACUACUGCCAAAGGCGGUUUGAAAGCCGGAUGGCGCUCUUUCACCACCUCCGCCGCAUGAUUGACAAGGAGCGCUUCGUCGAGGGCCACCACCAGGAGCAUUUCAAGCUUUCGAUACCGGGUGGCCCAGCUUCACUGCCCGAGUCGGGUGUGCACAGAUGCCGAGCCGAGACAUGUGGAAAGACCUUUGCCACCAAGAAAGAGCUCUGGAGCCACUACCACGUCAUGGGCGUGCCGGGCUUCGAAGAGCCCGUAGUUGAGGCAGCCUCCGCCGGGGCCAGCAGCAUUCUCCAGGAGGACUCGGGCCCUGCAGUGGAGCCAUCGGCCGACGUCCAAAAUGUUGCAGUCACAUCUGACCUGUCCCGCUGUGCCGUGUGCUUGGACAAAGCCGCUGAUGUGGUCAUGGUGCCGUGUGGACAUAUCUUCGCAUGUCAAGAUUGUGGGAAGAACCUUAAAGAAUGUGCAGUUUGUAGAGCCAGUGUGACCCAAGUCCUGAAGGUUUACUACAGUGCGGACGUGUGCUAA